AUGGCGAGGGAAAGGAUCAGAUACGAGCUCAAGGUAGAUACGACGAAGAUCCAAGGGCUGGAGGAAGCGGGAAGCGAGGCAGAAGAAGAGGAGGAUGGGAGGUCGAAGGUAACUUCUUCCAAGGACAAGAGUAAGGAGCAGAAGAAUGGAGGGAAGAAGAUGUUGCUAAGGGUUGAGAUGUCCCGAGGAACGAAGGUUGUGAAGAGCGAGGAGUUCACGGUCCCCGACUACAGUAGGAUCUUGCUGAGGACCAAGCUCGAACGCUCAGCGAAUGGGAGAGACUUUGCUGAGAAGCGGAUUGGGUCAGCCAUAUUGAACCUUGCCGAAUACGUGCUGCAAAGCGAGCAGGAGACGAAAGUUUCCAUGCAAGUGAAAGGAUGUAGCAAACCUGUCUGGCUGACUUUGAGGAUCUCUUGUCAAUCAUCGAAGAGAGGACGAGACGACAGUGACACGGUAUCUGAAAGGAGCGCAUACACGCUAUCUGAAACAGCGAGCGUAGCUAGUGGAGAAGUUGAUGGCAGGGAGGAGGGCGGGGAUGGAGAGGAGGAGGAAGGAGGUGAUAAUCAGGAAAUGGGGAGUGAUGGCAGACAGCAAAUUCACCACAGGAAGGGGCAUAGUGACGAACUGAGCGAACGUUCUUACGGCAUCGGGAACGAGGUGCCGUCAAGCAGCGACCCGACCUACUCGGCGACUCGGGGAGCGAUGAUGUCGCAGAUCGAGGAGGCGCGAGGCAAGAUCAAGGAAGCAGAGGACGCGCUGCAGGUGAAGACAGACGAGAUGGACAGGAUCGACGUGCAGCUCUGCCUGGAAGGAACGCGGAGAAACCUGCUGGAGAGGAGGAAGGUACGUGCCGCAGCGGUCAUGUUCUCCCCUGAUGACACUCUGCGGCAGAAGCGUGUUCUGGAUUAUGUGGACAUGCUGCGACUGGAUCGAGACAGGUUGACGGAAGGCAGCAGAAGCUUUAAGGAGGCCCCGAAGACAAACGAAGCUGCUGUCCACCAGAUGCUUCAGAGGGAGGCUCGCCGAUGGCGCGAGCAUCUUGAGAAGCUCAAGACGAUGAGGAGUGUGUUGACGCGGCAGCUGGAGGAAGAUGCGGAAGGACACGGCAGGCAGGCAGAAGGAGGGAGCAAAGUCUCCUUGCCGGUCAAGCGGAAGGAAAGCUUGCAUGUGAAGCUGCAGAAGGCAAUCGAGGAGGAGAAGGCGAAGUCGAGCAAGUACCAGGGCUGGGCAGAGAAGAUCGAUGAAGCGAAAGCUAAGCUAGAGCAAGAACUCACCAUGUUGAGGAGGAUGCAUGGGCUUGAGCAGAGACAAGCCAUCUCCUCCUCCUCCUCCUCCUCCUCUGACCUCAAGGCUACGGAGAAAGAGCUUCAGCGUAUCACCGCCAUGGUCAUCAGCACUUCGACAUCUCACGCGGAGAAGAGCUUUCAAGUGCUAGAGCUGCAGAACCAGGAGGCGGAGAAGAAGCUCGGAGAUCUCAGCUCGUUGAGAACAAAUCAUUGA